GUGUUUUUAGAAAGUGUGGAAAUUUAUCUAAAUAAAUUCUUAUAGAAAACAUACCGAAAGUAAAAGCUGUAAAUGUUGUUUCUUUUGUUUUCACAGGGAAACGCAAUUAAGUUUUUGCUCUAACCUCCCAAUCUCCCAAUUGGAUAGUAAAGACAUAUUACAAAACAACAUUUUUGCGGAUAUUUCGGCAAAAUGGACAAACUAAGGUUUGACUUUAUGAUGAGAGGAUCAUCAGAUGGGAAGACAACAAUACUGUGCCUAACCUCAAUUGGCACACCAGAUGGGCGCACGUUUGCAAUACCAGAUGAGUUACAAAAUAUAAAUCUACACAAAGAAUUAAUAACAUCACAAAUAUUUGGAAGAGUCAAGAACACUCUGAAAAAGAGAAAUCAAUUUAGAAAAGUCUGGAUUACUUUAACAGCAAAUUUAUCAAAAGUAUAUUUGGAUGAAGAUGGCAAUUUACUAUUUGAAGACUAUUAUUUAGAAGAGAUUACAGAAAAAGAAAUAAAAAAAAAACGACACAAAGUACGUCAGAUGAAACAAUAAAAAAAUUACUAGAGGAAGUUUUAGAAAAUAAACAAAAAAAAUCAGAAGUACAAAACUUGAGCAAAAUAGCUAAAGAUUUUAUGAUAGAGAAAUUUGAUGGAAAAAAUUCAAAUGCAAACCAGUGGAUAAAUGAAUUUCAAAAAGAGUGUGAACGCUGUAUGAUAGAAGAGGAUAGAAAAAAAAUUGAAAUCUUAAAGUUUUUCCUUGAAAAAUCUAGUGCAGACUGGUACAGUUGUAUGAUUUUAAAGUUCACAGUAGAAUCUGAUUGGAGCGAAUGGAAAAAGAAUUUUUAUGAAACUUUUGGGAAUAAAGGCUGGUCUCCAAUUAGAUACGCUUUUGCAUUUAAAUAUCAAACAGGCCCUUUACUUGAUUAUACUCUGAAGAAAGAAAAACUACUAUUGCAAGUAAGGAAGUCGAUAGAUAAGGAAACAAUGAUAGAUCUCAUAGCAAUUGGCUUGCCAAAUUAUAUAUCUAACAAAAUUGACAGAGAAACUUUGCAAGAAACUCAAGAUUUAUACAACGAAAUAAGCAGAUUACAACACCUUGUUGAGAAAAAAGGAAAAGUUUACUCUGAUAACAAGUCAAAAAAGGCUGAGGAAAAAAAACCAUGCCAAAUAUGUGAGGAGGCAAAGAAAGGUAAGCGUUUUCAUCCUGAAUCAAGUUGUUGGUUUAGAGAAAAAAGUGAAAAAAAUAAAAAGACAGAUCUACUGAAAACAGUGAAUAAUUCAGAAUUGGAAAUAGAAUUAAACAAGGAAAACCCAAAAAACUAGAAAUAUCACCAUUAAUUAAGGUCAACCUAUUGAAUGACAUCUUAGAAGUUUCAGGAAUUUAUGAUUCAGGCUCAAAUGUAUCAAUAAUUAAUGCAAAAUUAUUGAAGAUAAAACAGAAAGAUAUGAGUAAUGUACAAAUAGUAAACUUGAAAACUAUUAAUGGUGUAAACAAAACAAAAGGUACGGUUACUUUAAAAAUAAAAAUCUACAAUAUGGAGAGGAUCAUGAACGUCUUUGUUGUGGACAAUGAAAAUUUCAAUUAUGAUUUUCUUAUUGGUUUGGAUUGCAUAAAAAAUUUCAAAUUAAUCCAAAAUGAAAAUCUGGAAAUAAUACAAAAUAAAAAUCAAGAUGAGAAUAAAAAUGUCAAUAUUCCUGAAUUCUCAGGUGACA